ACAGGGUUUCACCGUGUUAUCCAUGAUGGUCUCCAUCUCCUGACCUCGUGAUCCGCCCGCCUCGGCCUCCCAAAGUGCUGGGAUUACAGGCAUGAGCCACCGCGCCCGGUGAGACCUAACCUUCACUUUGAUGGUUUUAAGAGGCGGGGCCUUUGGGAGGUACUUACGUCGUGAGGGCAGAGCUCUCAGGAAUCGGAUUAGUGCCUUUACUAAGAGGCCUGAGGGAGCUUGAAUCCCCACUUUUUGCCAUGUGAUGACUCAGUGAGAAGAUGCCAUCUAUGAAGCAGAGUGAGCCCUCACCAGACGCCAAAUCUUGAUCUUGCACUUCCUAGCCUCCAGAACUAGAGACAGGGUUUCUCUGUGUUGCCCAGGCUGGUCUCGAACUCUGAGCUCAAGCGACCUGCCCACCUCGGCCACACAAAAUGUUGGGAUUACAGAGGUAAAUACCUAGGAGCAGAUUGCUGGAUCAUAUGGUUGCUGCUUUUGCUCAGAGGACAUCCAUGACCCUAAUGGUCGUUUUGUUCAAGAUAAAGUGAUUUAUUGCCUUUGUUGACUAACUGAACAAAUUCAGUUUUGGAGGUUAGCAGUCUGAAACCAAGGUGUUGGCAGGGCCACACGCUCUCUGAAGGCUCUAGCUCCUUAUUUGACCCUGAAAAUGUUGCACCAAGAAUAGCCUUUGCACGCAUAGUCCUUAACCCUGAAGAAAAGGAUAAAAGAAAAUAAAAACUUAGCUGAAAAUCAGGAAGUGCGGACAAGCUUCUGCCGAGAAAAUGGAGGGUCCCAGUUUUGUUUUGGAGCCUACCUUCGAAUAAAUUCUGAUUAGUCUAAGCUAGUAAUGGGAAUCUCAUUCCAUUUGUCAGUGAUUGAGUUUACAACGGACAGCAUGUAGAGCGCACGAAGUACAGGACAAUAAAGCUUCCUACACAUAUCACCAGAAGGAUCUCUUUGAAAGAUUCACUACAGGACUACCAGAGAGAAUAAUUUGUCUGAAGCAUCAUAUGUUGAAACAACAGAAGUCUAUUCACCUGUGCACUAACUAGAAACAGAGUUACAAUGUUUUCAAUUCUUUGAGCUCCAAGACUCCAGGGAAGUGAGUUGAAAAUCUGAAAAUGCGGCCAUGGACUGGUUCCUGGCGUUGGAUUAUGCUCAUUCUUUUUGCCUGGGGGACCUUGCUGUUUUAUAUAGGUGGUCACUUGGUACGAGAUAAUGACCAUCCUGAUCACUCUAGCCGAGAACUGUCCAAGAUUCUGGCAAAGCUUGAACGCUUAAAACAGCAGAAUGAAGACUUGAGGCGAAUGGCCGAAUCUCUCCGGAUACCAGAAGGCCCCAUUGAUCAGGGGCCAGCUAUAGGAAGAGUACGCGUUUUAGAAGAGCAGCUUGUUAAGGCCAAAGAACAGAUUGAAAAUUACAAGAAACAGACCAGAAAUGGUCUGGGGAAGGAUCAUGAAAUCCUGAGGAGGAGGAUUGAAAAUGGAGCUAAAGAGCUCUGGUUUUUCCUACAGAGUGAAUUAAAGAAAUUAAAGAACUUAGAAGGAAAUGAACUCCAAAGACAUGCAGAUGAAUUUCUUUUGGAUUUAGGACAUCAUGAAAGGUCUAUAAUGACGGAUCUAUACUACCUCAGUCAGACAGAUGGAGCAGGUGAUUGGCGGGAAAAAGAGGCCAAAGAUCUGACAGAACUGGUUCAGCGGAGAAUAACAUAUCUUCAGAAUCCCAAGGACUGCAGCAAAGCCAAGAAGCUGGUGUGUAAUAUCAACAAAGGCUGUGGCUAUGGCUGUCAGCUCCAUCAUGUGGUCUACUGCUUCAUGAUUGCAUAUGGCACCCAGCGAACACUCAUCUUGGAAUCUCAGAAUUGGCGCUAUGCUACUGGUGGAUGGGAGACUGUAUUUAGGCCUGUAAGUGAGACAUGCACAGACAGAUCUGGCAUCUCCACUGGACACUGGUCAGGUGAAGUGAAGGACAAAAAUGUUCAAGUGGUCGAGCUUCCCAUUGUAGACAGUCUUCAUCCCCGUCCUCCAUAUUUACCCUUGGCUGUACCAGAAGACCUCGCAGAUCGACUUGUACGAGUGCAUGGUGACCCUGCAGUGUGGUGGGUGUCUCAGUUUGUCAAAUACUUGAUCCGCCCACAGCCUUGGCUAGAAAAAGAAAUAGAAGAAGCCACCAAGAAGCUUGGCUUCAAACAUCCAGUUAUUGGAGUCCAUGUCAGACGCACAGACAAAGUGGGAACAGAAGCUGCCUUCCAUCCCAUUGAAGAGUACAUGGUGCAUGUUGAAGAACAUUUUCAGCUUCUUGCACGCAGAAUGCAAGUGGACAAAAAAAGAGUAUAUUUGGCCACAGAUGACCCUUCUUUAUUAAAGGAGGCAAAAACAAAGUACCCCAAUUAUGAAUUUAUUAGUGAUAACUCUAUUUCCUGGUCAGCUGGACUGCACAAUCGAUACACAGAAAAUUCACUUCGUGGAGUGAUCCUGGAUAUACAUUUUCUCUCUCAGGCAGACUUCCUAGUGUGUACUUUUUCAUCCCAGGUCUGUCGAGUUGCUUAUGAAAUUAUGCAAACACUACAUCCUGAUGCCUCUGCAAACUUCCAUUCUUUAGAUGACAUCUACUAUUUUGGGGGCCAGAAUGCCCACAACCAAAUUGCCAUUUAUGCUCACCAACCCCGAACUGCAGAUGAAAUUCCCAUGGAACCUGGAGAUAUCAUUGGUGUGGCUGGAAAUCAUUGGGAUGGCUAUUCUAAAGGUGUCAACAGGAAAUUGGGAAGGACGGGCCUAUAUCCCUCCUACAAAGUUCGAGAGAAGAUAGAAACGGUCAAGUACCCCACAUAUCCUGAGGCUGAGAAAUAAAGCUCAGAUGGAAGAGAUAAACGACCAAACUCAGUUCAAACCAUUUGAGCCAAACUAUAGAUGAAGAGGGCUCUGAUCUAACAAAAUAAGGUUAUAUGAGUAGAUACUCUCAGCACCAAGAGCAGCUGGGAACUGACAGAGGCUUCAAUUGGUGGAAUUCCUCUUUAACAAGGGCUGCAAUGCCCUCAAACCCAUGCACAGUACAAUAAUGUACUCACACAUAACAUGCAAACAGGUUGUUUUCUACUUUGUCCCUUUCUUUCAGUAUGUCCCCAUAAGACAAACACUGCCAUAUUGUGUAAUUUAAGUGACACAGACAUUUUAUGUGAGACUUAAAACAUGGUGCCUAUAUCUGAGAAACCUAUGUGAACUAUUGAGAAGACCUGAACAGCUCCUUACUCUGAGGAAGUUGAUUCUUAUUUGGUGGUGGUAUUGUGACCACUGAAUUCACUCCAGUCAACAGAUUCAGAAUGAGAAUGGGCGUUUGGUUUUUUUGUUUUUGUUUUUGUUUUUGUUUUUUUCCUUUAUAAGGUUGUCUGGUUUUUUCUUUUUAAAUAAUUGCAUCAGUUCAUUGACCUCAUCAUUAAGUGAAGAAUACAUCAGAAAAUAAAAUAUUCACUCUCCAUUAGAAAAUUUUGUAAAACAAUGCCAUGAACAAAUUCUUUAGUACUCAAUGUUUCUGGACAUUCUCUUUGAUAACAAAAAAUAAAUUUUAAAAAGGAA